AUGCUGGAAAGAAACAUCACUCUGGUCAGUGAGUUCAUCCUGGUGGGCUUCCCCACUGCCCCUUGGCUGCAGAUCCUUCUCUUCUUCCUCUUCCUAGUGGUCUACCUGCUGGUGAUAGUUGAGAAUCUUACCAUCAUGCUCACUGUUUGUGUCACUGGCUCCCUCCAUAAACCCAUGUACUACUUCUUGAGCAGCAUGUCCUUUUUGGAGGUCUGGUAUGUCUCUGUCACAGUCCCCAAGAUGUUGGAUGGAUUUCUCCUGCAGAGAUGGCAUAUCUCCUUCACAGGUUGCAUGACCCAGCUCUACUUCUUUAUCUCUCUGGCCUGCACAGAGUGUGUUCUCUUGGCAGCCAUGGCCUAUGACCGCUAUGUGGCCAUCUGCCACCCUCUCCGAUACCCGGUCAUCAUGACCACAGGUUAUUGUAUACAAUUGGUGGCCUUUUCCUAUACAAGUGGCUUCACGGUCUCUGUGCUCAAGGUCUAUUUCAUCUCACACGUCACCUUCUGUGGCUCCAAUGUUCUGAACCACUUUUUCUGUGACAUCUCUCCAAUCCUCAAACUGGCCUGCAAAGACAUGUCCACAGCUGAGCUAGUGGACUUUGCCUUGGCUAUUGUCAUUCUUGUACUCCCUCUCAGCACCACUGUCCUCUCCUAUGUCUACAUUGUCUCCACCAUCUUGCGUAUACCCUCCACUCAGGGAAGGAAGAAGGCUUUCUCCACCUGUGCAUCCCACCUCACUGUUGUCAUAAUUUAUUACACAGCCAUGAUUUUCAUGUAUGUUCGGCCCAGGGCUAUUGCAUCAUUCAAUUCCAACAAACUAAUCUCAGCUGUGUAUGCAGUCCUCACACCCAUGCUAAAUCCUUUCAUAUACUGUUUAAGGAACCAGGAAGUCAAGAAGGCUAUCAGAAAGACUGUGGGAGGUGGCCGGUGCCUCCUUAGUUGA